UGUAAACAGACGGCACCAGACUGAUAAAUAAUGAGUUGAAGGAAUAUUUUACACGAUCAUCGAGGUUGUUAUUUCACUCAUCAAGACAAAUUCUGAAAAUAAUUGAAAUACUCUAACUAAGGUCGUGUUCCGCGUUUCAGCAGUAUACCUACCUGUACUAAGAUAUUAUAAGGAAACGCUCUCAAUGGAUCACUGAUGUGCAGCUGCAGUGCAAGAAACACCUUGAUGCUUGAGUGACUGUCAUCAAGAUGGUUCAUUCCCACAUUGAGGAUUCUGUGAUCCGACGUCACAGCAGUACCCCGGUGCAGUCUACUAUGCAUACUGAGAACAGUGCCGAGAUUGAAGUCUGUGGCACAGACGAGUGCCAAAACCUUGUUAAGGAGUUUAACACUGAGACGGCACGCUACCACGAUCUGGUCCUGGCGCUCGGGGGCUCCAGCGAUUCCGAGUACCUACGAGAUGAACUCAAGAAGACGAGACACAAUGCAUCGGAGCUGGCUAGACGCAGCAAACAAAUGCUCAUACCUCACCUCAAAGCGGAUUUUGAUUUCAAGUCUGAGCGUGGGGACUAUGAACGACUGUGGAACAUGUUUGUGUCGUGUGCUGAGCUGUAUGAGAGUCACCUGCGCAAGUCGUUAGAGCUUGAGAGGGCAUUCCCCAUCCACGCUGGCCCCCACGUUCUGAUCAACACGGGCGUGAUGGAACCAGUCGGGGUGGACAACAUUCCAGUCAACGUGGAGAACCUUGAAGUGCCGUCUGUAGAUCGUAUGGUGCUGGAGAGAGAAGACUUGAAGAAUCAAGAAAGAGAUAUCCUGGAGCUGAGGAAUCUAAUCUCUGAGAUGCAGCGGCGCGUAGACAUCAAACCAUGGAUGAUAGAGCCCUUACUGGACUACAAGCUGGACUAUGAGAAGUCUCAAUCCUCGCUAAGCGAUAUUGCAUCGUCUAACGGAACGGAGACGACCUAUGACCCCCACCAGCGUCGCAAGUGUAUUUGCCUGGUAUCCAUCGCCCUGCUUUCACUGGUUGCCUUCACCGUUGUGCUGGUGGUCUGCCUGGUCAAGUUUGACACAAAUAAGUAAGGUACUUAGCUGCCCUGAUCGCAAUGUAUCAAGUGACAGGCGAUCUGCGCAAUGUCUCUUUGAUGGCAACACUUUCUGAGUUCCCAUUAGAAAUCCUGGUUAAAAAAAAAUGCAGCAUUUGUACACGUCCCGUGAAGCAUUCCCAGAACUGUGUGCCAGUAUAAUAAUUAUCGUACUAUUUUCCCAAAGGAAUCGUAUUAUAUUUUUUAAAAUUACAUCAAAAAAGGGAAGGGACUGGGCGAAGUGGGAUGGCGGGCAGGGCCGAGAAGUACGAUAUGGCCUUAACAAUGUGUUAAUGCACUGAACAUUUUGAGUACUCAGCAGUAUUUAAAAAUACAGCAUUUCAUAUAUUUUUUUGGUGUAUAUAAAUGAAUUUUUUUGCAAUGUUACAACUCCAGGUAACAGUAUUUAUUGACGCCUAAACUUGUGUCACUGAAUAAAGAACCAACUCAAGUUCUUUCCCCGUUGUAUUUUGACAAAGACAAUACGUGCAAUGAUUAAACAGUGAAAAACUACAUUGGCUUUUUUUCUUUUUUGCAUUGGCUGAUGUAUAAUUUAGGCUGGGUUCCAAAACAUAAUUAUCCACAGUUCAUUAAAUGAACUAAAUUGAACUGAAUGGACGUUCUGAAAACACGGAGAUCUGUCAACACAUUGUAUUGCCAAAUUAUGCCAUCUUGUGGACCAUUUGGGUUUUUCCCUAAUAAUUGAUUGGUGCAGAUGAAAUCCUUACUGGAUGACACAUUUUAACUCAUUUCAUUUUGUUUUUUAGUCGACCAGCAAGUUCGAUUUGCUCCAGUCAUUCGUAUUUUUUUCUUGAAUUAAUUGAGGAUGGCACACCACGGUAUAAUGAUAGAUGUCUUUAGGAAAAGGUACUAUUUUUGAAUUUGGGCAAUUCCACGGAAAAUAGACAUGGUUGAAAAUUUGAUAAUUUAUUAAAUCUUCAGAACUACAAGCAUCACAACCUAAAAUGUGGUAUCAAAUAAAAGGGGCAAACAAGACCUUUCAUUUGAGUGGUGUACCAGUGAUGAGGUAAAAAAUGGUUAAAUGUAUGUUUUUGUAAAUGAUUUUGGGGCUAAAAUUAAAAAUUUUAGGUAGUCAUUUUGGCAUCUUGUUUUCACGUGUAAAAUGC